AUGGGGAUUCAUGGCUUGAAUAAAUUCGUUGCAGAGAAGGCGCCGGGAGCGGUGGAGCAUGCGGCACCGCAGUCGUUUAUGGGUCGUACGGUUGCGGUGGACGCAUCUACGUGUUUAUAUGCGUUUAUGAUAGCGAUUCGGGAUUCGGAGAAUUAUGGGAAUUUGACGAAUGAGGCUGGUGAGGCAACAUCGCAUAUUGCAGGUAUGUUGAGUCGGGCGAUUCGAAUGUUGGAGUUGGGUAUGAAGCCGGUGUAUGUAUUUGAUGGAAAGCCGCCGUUGUUGAAGUCUGGAGAGUUGGCUCGUCGGAAAGAUCGGAAGGCUCAGGCGGAAGCGGAGAUGAAAGAGGCGAAGGAGCUGGGUGAUGAUGUGCGAGUUAAGCAGUUAGCGGGACGUAUGGUUAGAGUGACAAAAAAGCAUAAUGAUGAUGUAAAAAAAUUAUUAAAAUUAAUGGGUAUACCGAUUAUCGAAGCCCCUGGAGAGGCUGAAAGUCAGUGCGCUAUGCUAUGUCGCGCAGGUAAGGCCGAUGCCACAGUCUCUGAAGAUUCAGAUUCAUUAUGCUUUGGUACCCCUCUACUUCUCCGUAGCAUGAACUUUACUGAUAAGAAGCAGCCUGUUAUGGUCUAUCAUCUUGACAAACUUCUUCAAACCCUCAACUUUAAUCAAGAACAAUUCAUCGAGUUCUGCAUCCUCUGUGGCUGCGACUAUUGCGAUAGCAUUAAAGGGAUUGGGCCAGCUACUGCCUACAAGUUACUUAAAGAUUAUGGAUCGAUAGAAAGAAUUAUAGACAGACUAUGUACUCGACCUCAACAUGGAACGGCCACAAAGAACAUUUAUAAUGACGGCAUAUAUACGCAGGGUGUUAUGAAUCAAGAUCAAGAUCAUAUGAAUCAAGAACAGGUUACAGGAUCAAAUGAACAGGUUACAGGAUCAAAUGAACAGGUUACAGGAUCAAAUGAACAGGUUACAGGAUCAAAUGGAAGUGGUACUCAAACUGAGUCAUUACCUGAGCUGAACGAAAUCAGUGGUUCUGGUAUUCAGGAUGUAGAUAAGGGAGAUGAUAUGGUGGAUGAGAUGGUGGGUGAUGGAUUAGACAAGAAAGGUAGUGACCAAAAGAAGAAGAAGCUUUAUGAGUUACCGUUUAUGUAUCCAUGGGCUGAGGCAAAGCAAUUAUUUGUAUACCCUGAUGUUAUUCCACUUGAGGAAUUGAAGGACUUGGACUUUCAACAAAAGGAGUUACAAGGAGGAUGA